AUGGCCGUCUCAAAUAUGACCCAGACUACGUCAUCCGGGGGCCGUUACUACCCUGAGGAACUCCCCGAGCUUAGGAGAAAGGAUCGACAUCUGCCACUGGGUGACGAGCCGUACAACGGUGCGGUUGUGGUUGUCGGAAAGGUUCAACUUCGUGGUGAUCAAGCACUACGAAAGUAUGCUGCCAGGAUUUAUGAUGGGGCUUACUACCCGGUUAGCCUUGAGGCUGAAGUUUGGAGAGCGGUAAGAUACCCAGAUGAUGGAGUCGCUCCAGACUGCGCAACUCGGGCCGAUUUCGACUAUGCCGCUGAGGCCGCGGCAUACCAACUGGUUCGGAAGUCGCCACAGCUAGGACCCGGCCGAGCUACGCUCGGGUUCCAUGGCUCAUGGACCUUUGCUCUACCUGGACCAGCGGGGCAUCGAUGGGUCCGAAUGGUCCUGUUGGAGAAAGCCGACGCCAAACCCAUGUCAAAGCUUCUCCGGGAGGCGAAACAGCACAAGGCAGGCCUUCCUCUACUUCCCGAAUUCGACAGGCUCAACACCCUCAAGAGUUUGCGCCCAUACGAUGUGUUGGUAUGCAAGGACGGCACUGCUAAAAUCAUUAAGCUCAACCGAACAAUUCUCCAUUCGUUCAUUGGAGAUAUGAAAUUACUUCGGCAUCCUCGUACGGUGCACCCCGACCUUUCAGAAGACGAGCUCAAAGCCAUGGGCGAGCACAUUUCGCCUGCGUGGCGGCAUUGGCCCUUUGAAGCUGAUUCCUACGGCGUACCAUCGUGGAAGCUUGUGGAGGCAGAACAUCCCGAGGAUACGGAAAGAGGUCCAUGGGAGGAGUGGGAUCCGGAGUCCUGGUUGAAAAAUCCAGAGGAGACAGGGAUCUGGUUGUUGGGAACCUACCAGAAUCACUCCCGGUUCAGCCCUUUGGACGAAUCAUUCCUUGAUGAUGAAUACUUUAAGGAACUGGCUUUACAACUACUGCAACUGCUUGAGCAGUUAGGCCGUAAGUCAGAGGUGGAGCAUGAGGCUCUUCGACUCGCUGGGGAAUUAGAUAGCAAGUGUGUUAGCUUGAACAAAGAGAGAAAAAUGAUGAAGAGAAUUUUGGUGACUGAGAGACUCAUGUAUACCCGAGACUUCCCGGCAAGACCCAAUAGAACUUUGUUUCCUUCCGGCUUUCUUUCCGACCGUCAAGCUAUCAUCUCAGGACGCCGCAUCUGA